UAGAGAAGAGGCUCAAAAAAUAAAGUCAGAACUCAGACGCGCACACGCCAGAGCACAGCUCACCCCUGCCCUGCCGGCUGCCGCCCUCGCUCCCCCCGCCACCUGCGUCGCGCUGCGCCAGAGAGCCGGCGCGCGCCUGCUGCCGCUCCGACGGACCCGGGCGGCACCGGCCUCCCGCGCUGCGCGGCGGCGGGGGCGGGAGUCAGUUAAUGCGCCCGUGAGCCGGCGGCGGCGAGCGACUCCUAGGCCGCCAGCAGGAGGGCGGCGGCGGGUUAAUUAAGGCGGCGGCGUCACUCGGGGCGGCGCGAGGGGAGGGGGGCCGAGGGAGGUAGAAGAAGAGGCGAUGGGGGGCGCCAAGGGGGAGGAGAAGCCCGGCGGCGCCGACGACUGGUGCUACCAGUUUGGAAACAAGAAUACAUUUGACUUGAAGGCCCCAAAGAAGUCACCCCUCGCAUUGAGAAUGUUUGUCUUUGCUAUGACUAUGUUAUGCGGGAUAUCUAUUUGCUCAAUGUGUAUGAAGCAACUAGGGAGUGAUGGCUGGUCAAGAAUUGUGAAGAUCGAAGCUGUGGAACCACCAUGUAACAAGUCCACUGUUCCUCCUUCCGAAGUUCAGUUUGUGCAUUAUCCUCAACCAAUAACUUACAGCAGGGAGGAAUGCAAGUGUAACCCUGUCCGGUUCUUUGCAAUUAUCUCGUCACAACGAUCUGGAAGCGGCUGGUUCGAAACCCUUCUUAACAGCCACAUAAAUGUUAGCUCCAAUGGUGAAAUUUUCUCUACAAAAGAAAGGAGAAGUAACAUUUCCUCUAUAAUAAAAACCUUGGAUAAAGUGUACAAUUUGGACUGGAACAGUAGUGCUUCCAAGAAUGAGUGCACUGCUGCUGUUGGCUUCAAGUGGAUGCUUAAUCAGGGUCUUGUGGCAAAUCAUGUGGAUGUAGUUGACUACUUCAAUCAAAGAGGAGUCUCUGCAAUAUUUCUCUUCAGAAGGAAUCUGCUUCGUCAGUUGGUAUCACAACUAGCAAAUAAUCAUGACAGAUAUCUUAAGCAAUUAAAUGGAACACAUAAGGCACAUGUUCACACAAAGCAUGAGGCCAGAAUACUUGCAAAAUAUAAGCCCAGGCUCAACACAACAUCACUAAUUUGGCAACUGAAACAAGCAGAUGAAUACACUCGUGGUGCUCUUGAAAACCUAAAGAGCACCCGCCACAUCACAAUCUAUUAUGAGGAUCUCAUUCUCAACAGAACAAAGCUCUUUGAUGUCCUGGAUUUCCUCAAAGUGCCGAGGAUGAAACUAGUAAGCCGGCAUGUGAAAAUACACACGAAGCCUCUGUCGGAGUACAUUGAAAACUGGAAUGAAGUCUACAGUACUCUCAACGGUACCCAGUACGAGAGCUUCCUGACAUCAGACUACAUAAUCUGACACCACGCUUCUCCACGUUACUUGCGUAGAUGUAGAUAUAGCCCCCUUUGUGUGCGUGUUAUUCUUUCGUUCUUGUUUUUAAGUAGCUGGCCCUGACGUGCCUGGCGAAAAUUUUGAUGCGGGGAAGGCGGUUUGCCAUGGCUGCGUUCGAGUUCCUUGGUAGCCUCACUAAUUGUAUACCUGCUCUCCUGAUGUUCCUGUAACUGAUCCUCAAGCUUCUCUGUUCUUUGGUGCUCCACUUGUAAUGGUUGAUUAUUCCUGGAAGCAUGAUGCUUCUACUAUUGCUGUUUCA